UAUUGUGUCCAUCCAUCCGCUUUCUACCGGGUUGUGCCACUUGAUGGCGGUCACCAAAACCGGGAUUCGGUUGUACUUUGGCGAGAACUUACGCCUACUUCACAUCCGUCUACCACCAACUUCUCCACACGGGACGAUUGGAUUAGAUGAGGUGAAACUGGUCACCGAAUCACGUGGAACAGUGGUCCUCCUAUCCGCUCUUCCACAUCGCCCCAACCCUACAUUUCCGUCUCCCGCUACGCCAUGGACCAAUGUCAAUGCCACUCCCGGGUUCCCAGACGCGAUCGUACCGACCGGGGGCGCCACGCAAAAUUUGCAUCCGCGGUCGGACGAGGAGUACGAUGUACCGCCACAUGUACUAUACACCAUCAGUCCGGACCCGUAUCCGUGGACACCAAAUUUGGCUGAAGUGUGCACCACAGCCUGGUGCACAGGUGGUGCUUGGGCUCUAGUGGUAUUGCCACCCCGAGACACAUUGGCCUCCGGAUUCAAUGCCCACUCGACCGACGACAGUCAAUCGAAAAGUUCCAAACAGUCUGGUGAGGACGCAACAUUUCGUCGGGGUUCUCCUCCAGUUGUUCUUACUCAGCACCUAGAUCCACCAUGUCGACGUCUAAUUCUGAUCUCUGCUCAAGGUAUCGUUCAUCUUCGGUUGCCCAGUCCGUUGACUAGAUUGAAAGAGUUCCUCAUGAAAGAACUGUCUGUUAUUCCUCGCCUCGACUUGGAUGGUUCGACUAAUCAAUCGAUUUGGCCAAGUCUUCGUAUGAAUCAGUCAUAUCCAUUUCUCAGUUUGGAAGAGUCGGCAGCUUGUGAAGUUCCUCUGAAUACGGGAUUUCUGGCCGCCUAUCUACACCAGUUCAGUCCGGAUGAGGCGAUUUGUGCG